AUGGGAAUCCUGCUUGGCAGAAGCUGGUUAAGCGCGAAGAAGCGGUAUCUAUACUGUGAGCUACGGGACCUGCGCUCUAUUGCAAAAGAUGCUGAUACAACGGUAAUUACAGCUCCUGCCAACGAAGCCGUGGAAUAUUAUAUUGGCGAGUUCACGGACGGCAACGAUCCCCACGGCAAGUAUGUCGGGAAACCUCGGCCCUCGCUCGAGAAGGCUUGGCAGGAUCUACUAGGGCCAAUGAAUGUGCGACUAUCGUUGGAUGAGGUUCGAGCGUUUGAUCGUGAGGCGACAGCCGUUGGGAUGUCAGACGGCAGUGGCUACCUGGGCACGCUGAAUGUGUACCAUGAGCUACAUUGCGUGAGAUGGCUUCACAAAUACGUCUACCAAGACGAGUACUGGCCUGGGUUGAGCGACGAGCAGCGAGAAAAGAACAAGAUCCACAGCAACAGGCUCAAGCCCGGCGCAAACGGCACAGGCCAUACCUGCGCCAACUGGGACAGGAUAGCGCAAUGGACCAAGGGCAGGACUGUAGACAUGUACAAGCCAGGACUUAUUAUUCAUCCGCAGCUUGGACCGGCAUAUCCCGAAGGACAGAAUGAUAAAGAACAUAUUAACGGAGCGUUACACGAGCAUGGAAGCGGGUAA